AUGGAGUAUGUUGUGUUUCAUGCAACAACCAAUACAAGGAUUGACCAAGCAUACAUGACAAGCUAUCAUCGCCACUCCUCCUUGCUACACCUGCUGUUGUUAUUGCUGGCAUUGUGGCUGCUGAGUUUGUCUCAAUUUCAAUUUUGGUGGAAGUCAAAAUGCAGCAGUUGGAGGCCAUGUUUCUUUGGGCGUUGUUGGUGCUGCUGCUGCGUACGCUCUCAACGCACUUGCUCCCUAAGUUUCCACCUUGAAGGCCUUCUGGAAGUGGCUGCAACUUGCAAUGACUUGCAUGAGCUUCAACUUUUUCCUGUGGAUGCGAGGGAUGAAACUGGAGGUCAUGUUUCUCAGAUCAAGCUUACCAAGAUGUUGCACAAGCAUUGCCUCACAUGGUUUUGGAAGUUAUCAAUAAUGACGAAGAUGCAGUCAAGGAUAUUGGAACAUUGUACAUGUAUUAUACAUGCUGCCUUUGCCACUGUUAUUUCUAAACGUGAGGUGUCAAUAUGCGAUAGGUCUUUUGAUAGUUCUACUAUUCAAAAUGUCAAACAUGACGAUUCAAUUGGUAAUAACACCCUUGCUUCAAAUUCAAGCAUUAGUUGUUCUCUUAAUAUACUUACUAAGGAGAACACUUCUACUGGGAACGUUGAAGGAGAGACUGUUGACAAACUUGCUGAAAGUUGCAAUAGUUCAGGUUCUCAGUGUUCAUUGCUAAUUGAAAGGAAAUUAUUGUCUUCUGAAUUAAAUACUUGCGAUAUAGAAUGUGAAGCUACAACACUGCCAAUACCUGCAUUGGAGCAUGGUAGUUUCUACAGCAAUGUGUUUACCGUGGUUUUUGAUAAACAACUGCUGAUCCUCCAAAAGGGAAAGUCCUUUUGGUUACUCGUGGGAAUCGAUCAGAUUGAUCCCAGAACAUAUGCUAAUUUUAUGCUGGUUUGA